GAGUGGAUCUGCCCGAGGAGGAGGGUUCUGCCUGAGCAGAUGUCCUGGUGUAUUUUUGUACCCAGAAGUAGUAAAAGGAUGCAAAGGAUUUUCCUUGAAACCAAGUGAACAAUUUAGUCAAUGUACAGAAAAGUACUUUUAUAGUUAUUCAGAAACAGUUCAUAGAAUUUUCAUGCUCUUUUUUAACCAUCAGUUUUCUGCGUGGUUCAGUGCAGCUGGUAGCAGUAAGCGAUAUAGGUUUCACACCUGGUAAAGUGUUUCUAAAAGCAAACUAUUAAUGGCUAAGUAAAGGUGAGUCUGUGUCAGGAAGAGAGGUCUUCUAAGUCCAUUUAAUGAUCAGGCCUUGUUUGUUGAAUCUACUUAAUGGUUCCAUGUGACUUCCCUGACCACACAUUGUGCUGCAAUUGGGCAGGUUCAGCUCCUUUUGGGACAGGUGUGUAGCACUUGUGUCACUUAAGCAAUGUGUGUGAAUGGCAAUGCUAAAUGAGGUUGUUUGGAGGGUAAGCAUCGUCUGCAGCAUGGGGGUUAACAGGGCCUCCCUCAUCAAGGAAAUAAUUCUUUUUCACAGCUUUGAGAAAGUUGCCUUUUAAAAGAUGAAUCUAGUGUCCAACAGAAUGGUUAAUGUAUGGAUGCUCGUUGUUUUUUCUUUGAUUAAAAAUGCAUUGUGUAUUGGGUGCAGUAUGGUAGCCAAAUUCUACUUCAAAUGGAGAUGUACAGUUUUAAUGUCAGUUCUGCAAGGACCCAUCACUGCGUAUUCUUUCUCUUCUUUAUACAGGCAAAACUUAAUGAGGUAUACACGUUACUAAUGUCCAUCCUGCAGAGAAAUGAACUGUGAAAAAAUUCAAGCAAACAUGUUCCAACUGUUCAUACAAAGGAUUACAUAAGUCACGCGCUGUGUUCCCACAAAACUUUCCCCACAAUUUGCUGCUGAUCAGCAUGUACUUCACUUACUUUCCUCCAAUUAAAAUUUGCAAACAGACAAGCUUUGCAGUGCUAACAGACUCAGAGCUUCAGAGCCACGUGUUCCAGGAAUGGCCAGCUCAACCAAGUGGUUGGUACUAAAAUGAUAUGGGUGGCAGUCAUUGGUGAUUGGUUCAACCUCAUAUUUAAAUGGAUUUUAUUUGGCCAUCGUCCCUACUGGUGGGUGCAUGAAACAAUGAUUUAUCCCAAUCAGUCCAGUCCAUGCCUUGAACAGUUUCCUAUAACAUGUGAAACUGGACCAGGGAGCCCAUCUGGACAUGCCAUGGGAUCUUCCUGCGUCUGGUAUGUGAUGGUAACGGCAGCACUUAGCUACACUGUGAGGUGGAAAGAGAAAUCAGCAGUUACCCUUCACAGACUGAUGUGGUCGUUACUCUGGACUGUUUUUUGGAUUAUCCAGAUCAGUGUGUGCAUCUCAAGAGUAUUCAUAGCAACACAUUUCCCUCACCAAGUUAUUCUUGGAGUAUUUGCUGGAAUUGCUGUAGCAGAAGCAUUUGAGCAUACCCCUGCUAUUCAGACAGCAAGCUUGAGAAUGUACAUCAAGACAAACUUGUUUCUUUUCAUCUUUGCCCUUGGUUUUUACCUAGUCCUCAAGCUUCUUGAUAUUGACUUGCUGUGGUCUGUUCCAAAGGCCAAGAAGUGGUGUGCCAAUCCAGACUGGAUAAACAUUGACACAACUCCAUUUGCUGGACUGGUGAGAAAUUUAGGUGCAUUCUUUGGCUUAGGUAUUGGUAUUAAUUCUGAAAUGUUCAUCACCAGCUGCAAAGGUACAAACAGCUGUAAGAUAAGUUUCCGCGUGCUGUGCAUAGCUGCUUCUUUAGCUACACUACAGCUGUAUAACUUUGUUAAGAUACCUACUCAUACUGAGUACUUGUUCUACAUUCUCUCUUUUUGUAAGAGUGCAGCUAUGCCUCUGACUGUAGUCGCCUUGGUUCCAUACUGUGUCCACACGUUAAUGAGGAGAACUGAUAAGAAAUGUAAUUAGAUAAGGUUUCCAAAUGGUUGCCAGUGCAAGGAUAUGAACUGUUCAGGAGCCCUCCACAAAGACAGUUCUAACUCAUGUUAACCAAGGGGAAUCCACUGCACCUUUGUGCUCCUGGUAAGUAGCCUGUAUAUCCCAAAUCAGUGCGUUCAAUAAUGGUUUUGGCAGCUCAGGAAUAUUAACUAGUUGCUGACGUUAUUCCUAGAAGCAUUGCAAUGAAGGACGCUGCAGUAUCAUUUUCUAACAAUACUCGGAGUCAUGCUGAAGUUUUAAAGCGAAGUAUUAUUGGCUAGUUUUUAGUUCUGUCCAUUGCCAACUAGAUGGUGCUUUGGGUCUCAGUGGUACAUAGUGAUAGACAAUGUUUAGUUUUUUUAAACCUAGAUGUGUGCUAAACUGCUGGCUAACGGUGUGACAGUAUUACACCACCUACAACUGUACGGCUGUCCCCAAGCUCUGUUAAAAAGACCAAUGCAGUUAUCAGGAAGGUUUUCUAUAGGUUUAUCUUCUUGCGCUUCCUGAGCCAACAGCUUCUGCUUAAGCCAGAUGCAAAAAAAAAA